GUUACACAUUACGCAUUUCCGCCCAGCCCUUCAUCCGAGCUGUGAUGGCGUUGUGAGAUAUUACAUUAUGAUAUUUAUAAGGAAGCAAGGCUAUUGAAAUUAGACGUGAAAUAUACAUUUUACUCCAUGAAAUGGCGAGCUACAAAACGCUGUUUCAAGAGAAGAAAAACCAGAACUGGCUAAAGGCGUCAGUUGCUGUGGACAUAACCAGAAAGGGGCUUAUACCUUUUGUUACAACAGUUGUUACAGUUCUGCACCAAGCUAUUCGUGCAAACGUUGAACAAACCAACUGUUUACCGCCUGGUGCAACAUGCAACUCCUGUUCAACGCCAAACGUCUUACCAUGUAGAACAAGAGGUGUUUGUGGGGUGUUAAAAAAUCUACCAUGCAGGUUUCAUCAACAUGCACAUUUUAGAAAUUGCUCUGCAAAGAUUUGUAAUGAGUUUAUGCUGGGUAUCGAAGGCCAUCACAGAUUCAAGGGUCCGUCUUGGAAAAACACCAAUGCAAAUGAUUGGUGCUCAAACCCAUGGAGAGUUGCAAAGUGCUUUCUUCCACCAGAUGGCUACUUGAAUGUCCAGACAGCAGAUGAUACAGAUAUCAAUGGCAUCAUUAGCCUCAUCAUUAAUUGCACAUUAUUUGACAAUUACUUCACAGACGAUCUUUCUCAGCUACACAAUAUCUGCACGAAGGUCCGAGAUGUUGGGAGGAAACUUCGUCAUUCUCCAAAGAUAAUGGUGUCCGAUGCUGACUUAUCAAACUGUAUAGAUGCGUUAAAGACCCUUCUGCAAGACAGCAAGUCUUUGGCGUCAAACACGUCAGCAAAGGAUGCACUCGCAAACCUUACACUGUUGGAAAAUGACCAGUUAAAUGUAUCAACAGAUGACCUUGCUAAUGUGAUUAGCAAUGCAAUAUCCACGACAAGUGAACUGCUGAAGUCGAAAAAAACAUCUACAAGAUAAAAUGGAUGAGCUUAGAGUUUUAGAGCAGCAUAUUCAAACCUUAGGCGAUGAAGUGGUUCAGAAGAUCGAAAACGCUAGAAAAGAGGACAACCUGGAAAGUUACGGAUCAAAAUCUACAGCUUUAAAACAAAAUCUGCAAAAAUAUUAUUUGGAAACUUGUUCUGCUCUCGACCUUGGACCGAUGUUUGACAUUGAUAGUCCGAACUUGGUUGAAGUAUAUAUGCCUCCUAAACUGAGCAAGUCAACAGUAAUCAAAGGUUCUUCGAGUAUUGGUUUUAAAAGUAAAAUAGAUCGAUCUGAUAUAAAAGAGUUUGACGAAGUGUUUCGAAAUACGGGAGAGCAGGCAAAACACAUCUACAUCACCGCUAAAGCUGGGGUAGGAAAAUCAACCUUCUGCAAAUUCAUUGUGCGCCUAUGGUGCGCGUUUCAAACAAAUAAUACAGAAGAUAUAGAAAGUCUGAAGUCAAGAGGAGCGGGAACGUACUUGAAUAUUUGCAAGGAGCUCAAAAACGUGCAGUAUGUUUUUUAUGCGUGUCUAAUUCAAUCUAGAUCAAGACUGUGUGAAAUGGACGAUAUUGUUUUUCAUCAGGUUAUCAGACGAUUAUCGAAGUCUGAGGAUUAUGAUAUGAAGUUUCUCCAGGAAAUUCUAGAUAAGGAACGAUGUUUGAUGAUAUUUGAUGGGCUUGAUGAAUGGAGUCACCCGGAUGUGGAGAAAUAUCCAUGCUUUGAAGAAGAUACAGAGUCACCACAUGCAAGAAGUAGGGAGAACUGCACCGUUAUGGUUACAUCGAGACAUUGGAAGCUCGGGUUGCAAAAAAUGCAUUCUAAAAAAUCAAAUAUUUGUGUGGAAAUAAUGGAAAUGAAUGACACAAACAUACAGUCACUUGUUAAACAAGCCUUUACUCUUCUAGUGGGCGAUUCGGAGCCUUUGAAAGAAAUCGAAGAGUUCUUUCGAUUUAUUGAACGAAAGGGUUUACAGAAUUUAAUUCACAAUACCCUUGUUGCUUUGCAGUUGCUCUCGUUGUGGUAUGAAGGCCAUUCGCUCGGCAAUACGAAAUGCCAGGUUUAUUGUAAUGUAUUAGAAAUGAUGUUUGCCAACGUCUUGCAAAGAAAUCCACAUAUACAAUAUUAUGUUGCUGAAGAUCAUCAACGGUCUGCUACAAUAAGGUGCUUGCAGACACGACGUCAUUGUUUGAAAUUCCAAGAGUACAUACGAAACCUGGGCAAAAUGGCGUUUUAUUCGUUAUUUGAUGUUGAAACAUUAGAGGCACAAAUAGCUAGUAAUCCUUCUAAAAGUCUUGACAUACACAACACAGAGGAACUUGGACUGCUUACAGGACUCAUUUCGAAAACACAGUUACACUCUUCUUCAGUUGUUCCAAGGUAUGAGUACAGUUUCCUCCACAAAACGUACCAAGAAAUCUUAGCUUGCGUCUACAUUGCAUCAAUUCCUUAUAAAAGCGAGGAGCAUGAACGCUUAGCAGAGACCAUAAAGUCUUCAAGCCAAACAUUAUCGUACGACAUGAUGCUGUUUCUGAUUGGAAUGCAUGGAGCAUGUGCACAAGAUAUGUUUGAAAUUGAGAUUUGCAAACAAAUAUGCUUUGUCAAAGUCCAAUAAUUGAACAUUCAGAUUUAAAACGGUUUCAUGAAAACUGUCUGAGUAUCAUUGACGAAAUGAAAGCAAACAAUAUUGCAGCUGAAACUGCUAUGAAAAUGCGUAGUUUGCUACUAGAUGGAACAUAUAAGUACAGCAGCAAUAUGGUCACUGUAGAUAAUGAUGAGAUAUCGUUUUUGGCAUUGAAAAUGAAUGAUCUCGAAAAUAUAGAUCAGUUUUACAGAGUUCAAGCAAUCUUGAAGGAUUGUGAAACGAAAUUGAAGUUAAUACGUAUUGAAAAAGAUCGCGGCAUGGAUUACACUAUACCGUGUCCAAUUACACAUGAAAACAUUCACUCGUGGAUUAACUUGCACACACUUGCCCUUAAUAACUUAUCUUUAAAUGGAAAUCUAGAUCUUACGGGUUGCAGCAGUUUGUCAGCUCUAGAGUUUUCACAAGCACUUAAAAGGGGUCCAGUCAGAUUGAUUAUAUCACCAAAACGGUUAAAAAUGUGUUACGUUAACAUGAAGCAACUUAUUAAAAGUUCCGUUGUCAGCAUCAAGUGCACGUGCCCGUUCAAUUCCGAAUUACUCGAUGAGCUUGUUCUUUUUAAUGUCAAUCUUGAGGACAAUUUACGCCUUUUAGACUUUAAACAGUUGCAGAUCUUGUGUUUAGUAAACGUGAAAACAAAAGCUACAUGCAUCGAAUACAGCCAAAUAAAAAGGUGUAUGCUUGGCGGCUUUAUUAAUCCAGCGUAUAUGAAGGGUGCACUGCAAUCGCUACAGUAUUCAAAAUAUUUAAUCUCGUUUGCAAUAUGGGGUCUUAACGAUAUAUUAAUUGCACGCCUUAACAAAACGCUGUUAACGUUAGAGAACAUUAAAGAUAUUGCUUUCUUUUUUUCUGAUUGCCCACUUAUUGAUAUACACAUACCAAUGAGUGUCAGGAAUUUAAUAUUCUAUGAUAUAAUUAUAUCAGCAGAAUGUUUGAUAAAAUUGAUAAACAACUAUAAGACCACACAUGGAGGAGUACGUUUUGAUUUAGAUGACUGUUACGUUCCUCCUAGUGACAACGUUACGAUUGAAACUAUUGUUGGGGAAAUAAAACAAUGCAAUCAUUGUAUUUUAGAUAAUGAGUCGAUAUUGCGCGAAGACGAGAUGAAGGAGCAUGAUUGUUUUGAUUUCAAAAUAAACGUGGCAAAACUGGAUUUUAAAAUCACGAGUGACAGAUAAAUGAUAUUGAAUUUUAGUACAAUGAAUCAGUAGCUUUACACACUACAAACAAAGGAAAGUUAUCAUCGCGGUAAUGUAGAGCUAAUGAAUUUACUAACAUGUUGAUAUAUAUAUACACACACAAGACCAUACUCUCACGCAACAUUGUGCAAACGAAAGUAACUUAGCAUAAGUAAGUAUAUUAUGCAAAAUUUAUAUGAAACAAUUAAGGUUUAAAUUAAGUUUUACUUUGAAUAAUGUCACAAAUAGUUUGCAAAUAUUGUUUUUUUUUUUACCAUAAAUAUACAUUUGUUUAGCCAUAGAUAUACAUUUUAAUAUAUAUGCUACAGGUUGCAUGCGAUGUCUUUCUGGACCUUACUGAUGUGCUACUAAAAUCGCACACUCAAAGUAUAAUUCGCUCAAUCUAUCGAACGCCUAAAUGGUACGCUCAAGUAGUGCACACUUGGAUGUUAUACGCGAUAUAAACAAAUGUAAUGAAGUAAACUGUUUGCAUUCUUCUGCUUCAUUGCACCAUAACUUACAGACACUUCUCGUAUGUAUAAUUGUAAAUGUUACAAUGUUUUCGAAGUCAUACAUAAAUAAAGUGAUACUGAAUA